UUGGCGGCAAAUCGAACAGCAUAAAAACCUCGGAGGCAAAAUUUUCCAACUCAUUUGCCGCCUAAAUUUUGGACUUGAUACUAAAGAUUAACCGAUUUUAAUAGUGAAUUUCAACAGUGCUACUGCUGCAGAAAAAAACGAGCAACAAGCUAGGACAAAUAAAAUUACAAACAUGUCUCAAAUGGCGUCAAAGGAAAACAUUGCGGACAACUUGGAGAAGUUCUCGCUUAAGAGCCCCAGCAAGAAGGUCUUGACCGACAACGCCAGCAACGUUCGCAAAAUGUCCAUUGGCCAGGAGGACAACGGUGGCCAGACGGCCAAGGAGCAGGCUGAAAUUGGAGUCGGCAAGUCGGCAUCUAUCAUGGAUAAGUCGGUAGCGCCCUUCGACCCCUCGCUGGAGCCGCUGCUGCGAGAGAAUCCCCGGAGAUUCGUCAUCUUUCCCAUCCAGUAUCACGACAUCUGGCAGAUGUACAAGAAGGCCGAGGCCUCCUUUUGGACCGUGGAAGAGGUGGAUCUGUCCAAGGAUUUAACCGACUGGCAUCGCCUUAAGGAUGACGAACGUCAUUUCAUCUCCCAUGUGCUGGCGUUCUUUGCCGCCUCCGAUGGCAUCGUCAACGAGAACCUGGUCGAGCGUUUCAGUCAGGAGGUGCAGAUCACAGAGGCCCGCUGCUUCUAUGGCUUCCAGAUCGCCAUGGAGAACGUCCAUUCGGAGAUGUACAGUGUGCUGAUCGACACUUACAUCCGGGAUCCGCAUCAGCGGGACUACCUGUUUAAUGCCAUCGAGACCAUGCCGGCGGUGAAGCGCAAAGCUGACUGGGCCCUGUCCUGGAUCUCCUCCAAGUCUGCCAACUUUGGAGAGCGGAUCAUUGCAUUUGCCGCCGUCGAGGGCAUCUUCUUCAGCGGCAGCUUUGCCUCUAUUUUCUGGCUGAAGAAGCGCGGCCUGAUGCCUGGCCUGACCUUCUCCAACGAGCUCAUCUCCCGCGACGAGGGUCUGCACUGCGACUUUGCGGUGCUGAUGUUCCAGCAUCUGGUGCAGCGACCGCGUCGCGAGCGCAUCAUCGAGAUCAUUCGUGACGCUGUGGACAUUGAACAGGAGUUCUUGACCGAUGCCCUGCCCGUGAAUCUGAUCGGCAUGAACUGCGACCUAAUGUCGCAGUACAUUGAGUUUGUGGCUGAUCGCCUGCUCGUCGAGUUGGGCGUUGGAAAAAUCUACAACACCAAGAACCCGUUCAACUUCAUGGAGAUGAUCUCGCUGGACGGCAAGACCAACUUUUUUGAGAAGAAGGUGGGCGAGUACCAGCGCAUGGGCGUCGCCACCAACCGCCUGGACAAUGUCUUUACCCUGGACGCCGACUUUUAGGGCUGGUCCCGGGUCUUCAUACCACACGAAUUCAAAUUUAAUUCAAUAUUUAAUCUAAUUCAAUGCAAUCCUUCAAGUGGACGCAAGGGCUGGCUUCUCAUGCACUAUCCUUUAAGCAGACCGCCUUUAUGUGUUGUCCGUUUUAAGUUAACUUAGGCUAAGACCGAUCACUGACCCGUGCACCAUCUUCAUCAUUUUGUCAUUACUAAUUUGAAACCCAGGGAAGCGCUCGAUGAUUGAAAUAUUCUCAAAAACUUGACUAGAAGCGACCUCUUUUCGAAUUCAUUGUACAUACAACAUUUUAAAUAAACUUAUGCAUAGACAAUUAUUAAGCACUACUA